GUUGGGAGUUUGUGGGCUGAAGUUUUCAGCCUGCUGGCAGUACCUCUCUUGUUACUGUGUGUAGCGAGACGCUGCUCUCUCUCUUUCUCUCUCUCUCUCUCUCUCUCUCUCUCUCUCUCUCUCUCUCUCUCUCUCUCUCUCUCUCUCUCUCUCUCUCGCAUAAGUGAGGGAAAAGCAGUGGAGAGGGGGAAAUCGUGUGGGUGAGCGAGAGCAGAAGCGAUCAGACACACUUUUAAAAGGGUUAGGCGAGACAGAGCCGGCAGGAGCAGACUGAGACGGAGCGGGGGAAAGACGUGAGAAUACAGUUCAGUUCGGUUCAGGUUUAUUUACACAGCAUUUUUACUACAGACGUUGUUCCAAAGUGGCUUUCCAGAAAUCCAGGUCCGGAUUCAUAACAAUCAAGUGACUGUGACAGAAACAACUAGAGCAUGAGGAGCAAACACUAAGAACCAAGACUCGACAGCGCAACCCAUCCUCCUCAGGGCUACGCCGGAUAGCAGAAUUCCACCCGGUAGAAUGUCUCACCGGCUGCGCCUGUACUUCAGUUCCGGCCGCAGCAACACGGCUCCCGAGCUGCAGGAGCUGGACGAGGAUGAAAACGGGAUUGCUGAUGCUAAUGAAAGACAUUGUAGCAGUUCUGGCGCAGGCACCAUGCUGUUCCGCAUGGGGCCAAGGAGUCUAGCACUAGAAGAAGAGGGUGCUCCCGGCCCAGCUGGGGUUUCUGACGCUUUGCUGAAACGCAGCUCAUCUAUGUUCAUCCCACAGCUCCAGAGCCAAGCGGAACCGCGUCCCACCAAGAGCUCAUCCAUGCAGAUAUCCCUCCAGCGCUCGGCUACAUCCCAGGAAGAUGGACAGCCCACGGAUUCACCUCCAGGUUAUCCCCAGGAUCCAGCUCCGGCCUACACAGAGCCUGGGGAAGGAUGGGCCAACCCUCCACCUCCUGCUUACUACAGAAGAGAGAGUCCACCUAACCUGAUAGUGGACCAGACAAGCCACGGCACCGAGCCUGGCCAUCCCAAGAGAAGAGUCUUCUGUGUUAGGCCUUAUGAUGUUCAGAAAACACACUCCACUGUUGGAAUUCCCAAUGGAGGGCCUCCAGGAAGCUGCAUUGGUGGAUUUUGUAUCCAGCAAAAUGCAUUUACAAAUGGCUCAGAUGUCCAGCAGUUCACGAUAGUGCCCUAUGCUCCAGAGGGCCAAAACGGUGCCUGCCGCUGGUCCGUCCAGCCAACCACCGACGGCACUUCUGGUACCCGAAGAUUCGUCUUCCAGCUUCAACAAGACAGAGGAAUGUCUAUGAAUGCCAACAGCCAGAGAGAGGUGACCAGUCCCAGCCUCACUGGCUCUAAAAACUGCCGUGAAGGACGUUACCCCCGAAUUCGACUGGAGAGGAGCACAUCUCAGCCCAUACAACCUAGAACAGUCCCUUCACGUCCUGGAUCCAUGCCUGACCUUCACGCUCCCAUAUCAGAAAUGGAGACAGCGAGCGAAGUGGUUGAGGAUGGUUCCCAAAGCUGCACAUUUAAGAUCAGAAAAGAACAGAACCCAAGGCAGCCUAAGUUUAAGAUCUAUUUCAGUCAAGGAGGCAACCACAGGUCUAACUCGGUGCAGGAUAUUAGCCCUGGAAAGGGGCAUAACUGGAACAGCCCACAGACCAGAGAUGACUUCCUUGGACAGGUGGACGUUCCUCUUAGUCAUCUGCCGACAGAGGAUCCAGCGAUGGAGCGGCCGUAUACGUUUAAAGACUUCCUGCUGCGCCCUAGAAGUCAUAAGUCUCGGGUGAAGGGUUACCUACGGUUGAAGAUGGCCUACCUGCCUAAGAAUGGAGCUCAGGAGGAGGACAGCACUGAGAUAAGGGAGGAAGCAGAGGGUUGGGAUGUAGAUGCUGUGGAUCAUGGCUCACGGAGACCUCAGCAGCUCCUGCCUCCUUUACCUCCAGGCUGGGAGGAGAAGGUGGAUAAUCUCGGCCGGACUUACUACGUCAACCACAACAACCGCACCACGCAGUGGAAAAGACCCAGCGCUGUUGAUGUGGUGUCAGAAACGGAGAACGAUAACCAGCUACGGCAGAUUAAUCAGGAAGCUCACAGAGUGUUCCGCUCCCGCCGCCAUAUCAGCGAGGACCUGGAGAACGAACACCUCGACCCCAGAGACCUCGACGAUUCGUGGGACCCGAUCACUGAAGAGGACCCGACCCUGAUGGGCGAGGCUAUACCCGGCCCCUCCUCCGCCACACCCAUUCACAACCAGUACAGCACUCCGGAGUUUUCCGAGGAAAUCAGCUUGAGGCUGUCGCUCACCCCAGACACCAACGGAGAAAUCCCCGGAACCAGCACGGCCGGGUCACUCCUCUCAUCCAGACUGCGUUCCUCCAGUAUGACCGAUGGCGUCAGUGACCAGGCCCAGCCUCCCCCUCCAAUGCAGAGCUCCCAGUCCAGACGAUCCCGAGCCCAAACGGUCACAGGCGUAGAGGAGCCCAUGUCUCCGUCAGCAGUGUAUGCUGCCACCACUCCAGGCUUACCGCCGGGCUGGGAGGAGAGGAAGGACGCUAAGGGCCGAACAUAUUACGUUAACCACAACAACCGCAGCACCACCUGGACACGGCCCAUUCUACAGCACACUGAAGACGGAGCCAGUUCCUCUGCCGGAGCAACAGGUGGCGUUACCCCCUCCACCCCCUCAACCAGCGGCCAUCUGAGCGAACCCCAGAUGCGGCGUCCCCGUAGCCUCAGUUCCCCCACCGUCACCCUCUCCACCCCCCUAGAGGGAGCCAAUAACAUCCAGCUGCAGCGGGCAGUGAAGGACACACUGUCAAACCCUCAGUCACCUCAGCCCUCACCCUACAGCUCCCCCAAAUCCCAACACAAAACCACACAGAGCUUCUUGCCCCCCGGCUGGGAGAUGAGGAUCGCCCCUAAUGGCAGACCCUUCUUCAUCGACCACAACAGCAGGACCACCACCUGGGAGGAUCCUCGUUUGAAGUACCCUGUUCACAUGAGGACUAAAGGACCACUGGACCCUGGUGACCUCGGCCCACUUCCCCCUGGGUGGGAGGAGCGAGUGCACGCAGAUGGAAGAACCUUUUACAUUGACCACAACACCAAGAACACCCAGUGGGAAGACCCUCGUCUACAGAGUCCUGCCAUCACUGGACCUGCCGUGCCCUACUCCAGAGAGUUCAAGCAGAAGUAUGACUACUUCAGAAAGAAGUUAAAGAAACCGGCUGAUAUUCCUAACCGGUUUGAGAUGAAGCUCCACCGAGGGAAUAUUUUCGAGGAAUCGUACAGGCGGAUAAUGUCUCUGAAGAGGCCGGAUGUGCUGAAGGCUCGUCUAUGGAUCGAGUUUGAGUCAGAGAAGGGGUUAGACUAUGGAGGUGUGGCCAGAGAGUGGUUCUUUCUCCUCUCCAAGGAGAUGUUUAACCCUUAUUAUGGACUGUUUGAGUACUCAGCCACAGAUAACUACACUCUUCAGAUCAACCCCAACUCAGGCCUCUGCAAUGAAGACCAUCUCUCAUACUUCAAGUUCAUUGGCCGGGUAGCAGGCAUGGCUGUUUAUCACGGAAAACUAUUGGAUGGUUUCUUCAUCCGACCCUUCUACAAGAUGAUGCUGGGAAAGCAGAUCACAUUGAAUGACAUGGAGUCGGUGGACAGCGAAUACUACAACUCACUAAAGUGGAUUCUGGAGAACGACCCAAUGGAACUGGAUUUGCGGUUCUGUAUCGAUGAGGAUAAUUUCGGACAGACGUACCAGGUGGAUCUGAAGCCAAGUGGCUCGGAUUUGGUCGUCACCAAUGACAACAAAAAGGAGUACAUCGACUUGGUCAUACAGUGGAGGUUUGUUAACAGGGUCCAGAAACAGAUGAAUGCCUUCAUGGAGGGAUUCACGGAGCUCAUCCUCAUCGACUUAAUCAAAAUCUUUGAUGAGAAUGAGUUGGAGCUGCUGAUGUGUGGUCUGGGGGAUGUAGAUGUUAACGACUGGAGGCAGCACACUGUCUAUAAGAAUGGCUACUGCCCAAAUCACCCGGUCAUUCAGUGGUUCUGGAAGGCUGUGUUAUUGAUGGAUGCUGAGAAGAGGAUUCGUUUGCUACAGUUCGUCACAGGAACGUCCAGAGUGCCCAUGAACGGCUUCGCUGAGCUCUACGGUUCAAAUGGGCCGCAGCUGUUUACCAUCGAGCAGUGGGGGACGCCAGACAAACUGCCCCGCGCUCACACAUGCUUUAACCGACUGGACCUGCCGGCCUAUGAGUCGUUUGAUGACCUGAGGGAGAAGCUGCUGUUGGCAGUGGAGAACGCCCAGGGCUUUGAGGGAGUGGACUAGAGGGAUGGCCACGAAAACAUCCAAUCUGCCAACACAGACUGUACACAACACACACACACACACACACACACACACACACACGCUGCCGUCGUAUGGCCGAACCCAAGCGCCUGAAGCAGCAUAAUCACAACAGUAAUGCAUGUGUCCGUGUGCCGAGGAGCCAGUGUGGACUCGCAUAGAGACGCACAGAGACUUUCAGUAGACGAUAGAGCACUCAGCAGAGUCCUUUAAUACUGCUCUCUCUCUCUCUCUCUCUCUCUCUCUCUCUCUCUCUCUCUCUCUCUCUCUUUCUCUCUCUCUCUUUCUCUGUCUCUUUCUCUCUCUCUCUCUCUCUCUCUCUCUCUCUCUCUCUCUGUCUCUUAUUCUUAUUUUUGGCUCAUGCUGUCUCUUUCUGGUGCUUUC